AAAAUGGCGACCACCAGUACGUUGAGGAGAUGGCGAAAUUUCCAACAAAUGUUUUGGCUUUCAGAUAAGUGGAAAACUAAAGGAAUUCAGUGUAUUUGUAGACAAGUCAGUACUCAAAGCAAAAGAACUACUAAACGAUAUCCCUGGCCUUGGGUUGGCUCGCUAGCUUUUGGUGUAUUCUUGGGUUAUGGACUACCUAAAUUUUUCAAAAGUCGGAAAGAUAGCUCCAUCGUGAAAGCGAAAUCGGUUCCCAGUGAUGACGUGUCGUCAAAUUCGGGAUCACCACCUCGGUCAGUAACAUUUAAUUUCAUCGCGGACGCUGUAGAGAUAGCGGCCCCUGCCGUUGUAAACAUUGAAGUCACGGGACGACACGCGGGAUUUUUUAGGGGACAUGUUGGUCCCACUGGUGCCGGGUCGGGAUUCAUUGUCACUGAGGACGGUAUGGUUCUUACGAAUGCACAUGUGGUGGAAAAUGCUGUGAAUGUGAGUGUUAAACUAAAAGAUGGCCGAGAAUUUAGUGGCACUGUGAUUGAUAUUGACUUGGAGAAUGAUUUAGCAGCUGUCAAGUUGGAUUCAAGUAAGGUUGGUAUGUAACCCGUUGAGGGGAGGGUGGGGGAUACUCCGAAUUAAAGGAAGGGGAUGGUCGAACGAUUUUUUUGGAUUGAAAAAUUUGGCAAGGAUCUUUUUGCAGUGCCUUGAUUUUUUUUUUUUGUGGGGGGUGGGGGUGGGUGGGUUUGGGUAUUUAGAAAAAUCUGAAACUGUUGUAGAGCCACCCACGUAUGCCGGCCUGUUCUAGUCUACCAGGCCCCAGUUGUUCAAAAGGUGGAUAACACUAUCAACUGGGUAAAUUGCUAUCCAGUGGAAAGUGCAAUUAUUUGUUUGUCCUAAUACUUGUCUGCUGGAUAGUGAUUAGAUGGUACGUUUUUUUGAGUGUGAAAUCAUUGAAUCCUUUACCGAAAAUUUAUAAGGAUCGGAUGUUUAGCAUGGGAUUCUUUUGGGGUUAAUUUUUAGUUCAGAGAUUUUUUGGGUUUUGUUGGAAGCUCUAGGAAAUUUUUUUGGGGGUUGUGAGUUUUGCCCCCUUUAGCUGUAAAGUACCCCCUGGGGUAUGUAACUUUUCUUACUUCCCUUGAAGAAAGGAAGAAAAAAAUGUCCCCAUGUCCACACGCUUAGGCAAACCCUAAAGGGUGGAGAUGAAAAUAAAGGUGGGAUACCCCACAUAUGCAGAGGUCUCCUUGUGAUAACAUUGAUAGGUGGUUUGUUGUCCUUGCCCUCCUCCCCUGAAUAACAUUCACAUACACAUACUACUCCAUGCAGACAUAUCUGUUGCAGUUAAUUUUUUAUUUUAGUUAAUUUUUGUUUUUCCUUUGUUUAAAAUUCGUUAGCACACAUUACUGCAGCCAAAAACGAUGGAAAAAUAAAAAUUAACUGAAAUAAAAAAUUAACCACAACAUAUCUACUAGACAGGCAACAUACGUAGAUUUCAUUCCUCCAACUACAGUACAUAAAUAAAUAAAACAACUGCUUCACUUGACUUGGUUCCACGUUGAAAGAAAGUUUGUUUUGCUGUUCUUAGUGUUAAGCAGUUCCCUGCAAAAGUGGGGGCGGGGCGGGGCGGCAUCUUAUGUAAUCUCUACCAAAACGAAUCUUACCCACUGAUGAAUCACAGUACAUUAUUCUUUCAUGCUCGGUAUAAGGUAUGUUUUAAUUAUCAUUCUAGGGUAAAAGCUCAUUUCAAUUCUAUACGUUGUUCCAGAAUAUCAGGUUUCCUACUCUGACUCUUGGCUCGUCUGCUACAAUUCGCCCUGGAGAAUGGGUGAUAGCAAUGGGUAGUCCUCUACAGCUGAGCAAUACAAUAACAGCAGGAAUUGUCAGCACUGUGCAUCGAGCUGGGGAAGAGAUUGGACUGCCAAACAGAGAGAUGGAAUAUAUCCAAACAGAUGCGGCUAUAAAUGUAAAUCAUUGGCUUUAAUGUUCAUACAGGUCAAGAUCUUGGGUGGGAGAAGGGAUGAGGGUUGUCAAAAAAGAAAAAAAAUCUGAGUCAGAUCAUGUAAAACAAUAAGUGACAGAACUCACUGUAAGUCAGAUAGUGAGGGAGUAAGAAAAACAAAAUUUAUUGUACGGUAAAGGUACUGAAAAUUAAAGGGGAUGGCAAAAGUCAGCAGACUGACUGACGCUUUCCCAUGGAGACAGUACACCUUUUUGUAACUGUCAGUCCAACAAACUGUUAGUCUCCCUUGCAGCCGUUUCAGUGUUGUCACACAAUAAGCACUAUGUGAUGACAAUAAAAUAACUGUGAGUGAGACUAACAAAUCAUGAGUCAGUUUUUGUGAGAGAGUUCAAAAAUAAAUGGCAAAGUGGCCAUGGAGUUGAUAGAAACUUUUGACGACCAAUGUGCUGCUUUGCUCUGAAACCCAGAGUCUAUGCAUGCUCCAGCUAUGUUCCUUAACUCUUCAAGUCCCAUGAGUGAGCAAUACACCAGCCAAGAGCCAGUGUUUGCCACAACAAAAACUGAUUUGGUUAAUUGUGUUUUUCUCUCUAUAAAGGUUGGAAACUCUGGCGGACCUCUUGUUAAUCUGGUAUGGCUGUUAGUAUUUAAUAAUAUAUGUUAUCAAUUUUAUACCUUUUUUUAAUCUUCUUCUAAACUAUUGGCAGAAUGAAUCAGAUGUGUUAUUGAAAACAAAACUCAUUGAAUUAAAAAGGGCAAAAUAUUCUCCAUAGUUGUAUGAGGAUGAUGGAAAGAGUAGAAGCCAAUAGUUGAGUUGAAUUAUUGAUCAAUCUUGCACAAGAUACUGGUAAACAUUUGGUAGUUAUAAAUUAAGUUUUCAACUUGGGAGAUUGUGUGUUAUGGAAAAAAUUAUUGGAAGCCCUCUGGUUUCAAAGCUGUGAAAUCUAGGUUGGUAGUACCCAAGGUUUUCACAGAAACUAAGAUUCUCAGCUGCCUAUGGGCAAAAGUUUGUCACCAGGAGCCGUUGGUUUCUACUAUAGCACAGCCCUGUGUAACUUCCUUUUUUUUUUUUUUCAAAAUAAUCCAAUAAGCUGAUCUGCGGUUUUUAUACAGGAUGGUCAUGCUAUUGGUAUUAAUGCAAUAACCGUGAGGUUUGCUGCCGGAAUUUCAUUCUCCAUUCCAAUUGAUGCUGCGAAAGACUUCCUAUCAGGAGCAAUUGAAAGAGUUAAGAGUGGUAAAUAUAUGGGCAGAAAUACAAGGCAACCACUUGCACCUCACCAGCGCUGGUAUAUUGGAGUCAGCAUGUUGACAUUGACUCCACAGAUUCUUGCAGAGUUACGACGGAGGGACCAAAGUUUUAACAAAAUUACAUCUGGAGUGUUUGUUCCACAAGUGAAUUAUGGUUCGCCUGCACACAGGUAAGUUAUUAACUAGGGAAUAAUAAAUCUGAGUGAAUACAUUGCGUGGUAGAAACCUUUCUUAUAAUAUACCAUAUUUUCUUGAUUAAACACCAGGGCUCAAAUGCUAGCUCGUAAGAAGCAGCUGUAAAAUUAACAAGUCCCUCAGACUUAAUGGUGUACAAUAAACUGAUAGAGUACAAAAGCAAGAUACACAGCUGUCAAGAAAAGGCAUAUAAACUACAAAUUCAAACUAAGGCUUGGGGCAUUUAAUUGAGAAAAUAUAUUAUGGUAAUGCAUUACCAUAAUAAAAAAAGUGCGUCCUCCUCAGUGAGAAAACAGGCAAGGGACGCUUCAAGUUGGUUCCUGCCUUUCUGUACUCCUUUUAAUAAGACAGGCUUCUCUCAAAGAUGGACACAUAAAGCUGGUCCCAAAGUUUUUUUUUGUACUUCUUUUAAUAGGCCACUUCCGAGUUCCAAAAACCCUCACUUUCAAAAUGAGGCUAGAUGCACAAACUUUCUUGUGGAAAUGAGUCUUAUUUGCAUGAGAAUGAAAAAUGAUUUCCAUAUCAAAGGCUGAGCACCUACCCUCAUUUUGAAACAGCGGCCAAGGGGAACUCAGAAAUUAACUGUUAUAAGACUGUUAACUGUAUAAGACAGGCAUCUCUCAAAGGUGGACACAUAAAGCUGGUCCCAAAGUUUUUUGUCCAAGAGAGAGAGGGAAGAAGGACCACCUGAUCACAGGUUAAAGAAAGAGUCGCACACUACACCUUUUGGUAAAUACAGUCCAACCUCCAAUAAUGGCCACUUCUCAACAACAGCCACCUUUCUACAAUGACCACUCUUUUGAGGCGGAGAGUCCAUUAAAUUUCAUUGAAUCUUGUGUAAACCUCUCCACAAUGGCCACUUUGUUCUGUCCCCAAAGUGGCUUUUGUGGAGAGGUUCAACUGUAUGCUUUUUUUCUUUCAGGGGUGGUUUGCGAUCAGGCGAUAUUAUAACAAAAAUGAAUGGCAAGACCACAGAAUCCUCAAAACAGGUCUACCAGUAUGUCCACAAAGGAGAAACGCUUAAAAUAGAGGUCAAAAGAGGUGAACAGUAUCUUAACUUUACUGUGCAACCCGAAGUUGUGGGAUAGAAGUAUCAUGCACCAAACUGAGACUUAUUGACAAAACUGUGUUGUUAGGGACAAUAAUGAAUCUUGCGCAAUAAAAUAAUUUUAUUUGUGGGUUAAACUUGAAUAUUUGUUCAACAAUAUACUAAUUAUUUGAACCCAUUUGGUGAUACACAAAGUGUACAAAGAUUAUUUAUGUU